UAGACGGAAUUUUACCAGCUUGACUCUGCAUUUAGACAAUUCGGCGGGUGAUCAACAAAAUCAUAACAAACUAUAUAAAAUGGAUUGUAUAGAUUUAGAAAGGGAUAAUUCUGUGAUUCCACAGAAAAGAAUUAAUCAGAGUGACAGUGAUGACUCGCCUGUAAAAACUAAAUCCCACAGAAGACGUGGACUGGCAGCCAGACUAAAGACCCACAAAACAGUAGAAGCCAAGGAAGUGUCGGAUCAUGCUACAGUCUAUUCAACUAAAGUAUCAAAGUUAUUUGGAAGCUUUGAAGAUACAUCUGGUUCCCUGUCUGUAAAUUCCAUGAUGAAACAAGAGUCCUUUAAGAAGAAACAGGCAGACACCUCUGUUGGAGCAGAAGAACAUUUCCCAAAUGGAGUCAAUACUUGUCAGAAUGGUGAUGAUAUAUGUGAGGGGGAUCAUGAUGUUAUACCACUAGAAGAUGAUGAAGAUUUUCCUUCAACACCAAAAUGGGCAAAGAGCACAGCUGACCUAGUUAAAUCACCAACACCUCCGCCACCACCGUCACCUCCGACUGGUAUAGCUCAACAGUUUAUUAAGAAGAAAAGGAUGUCCAAGGCCCUUAAAAAUGCCAUACGAAAUAUAUGUGAUGCCAAGGAACAUUUAAUAACAGAAGAAAGGGUCCGAGGACCAGAUGACCAGGAUGUAGUUUGUGUAGAAGAUGAUUAUGGUGAAGAUACGUUAACUGUAAGAAUUAAAUAUGGUGCUGACACAUUCAGAUAUCCAAUGAAAAAGGGUGAAUUAUUUAAAAGAGUUAUACAGGAAGUUGCAAGUAAACUGGAUGUCAAUAGCAACAAGAUUUUAUUUCUGUUAAAUGAUAGAACAAUCCAUUCCCAUGAUUCACCAAAGAGUUUGGGAUUACAGGUGGCAGAUAUUUUAUAUUGUCAUGUAAGUAGAGAAGAUAGAUCAAUCCUAGAUGACAGUUCCUGCACAUUUGAAUGGACUGAUAGCAUACAGUUAUUUGUUCAGAGUAAAAUGAGUAAACACAAAGAGGAAUACACCAUAUCAAAGAACCAGCCUUUAGAUGCCAUUCUAAGAAAAUAUUCAAUAAAGACAAACACUGACAUUUCAAAACUGAAAUUUCAAUUUGAUGGUGAAGACUUAUCAGUGGAUGAUACUCCUAAUGAUUUAGAUUUAGAAGAUGGAUAUUGUUUGGAUAUAAUUCAUUUGACUUGAGAUUCCAGGAGCUUCAUCGAUAUUAUCUCAGGGGAAGCUAUGUUAGAGAGUGCUCAUCAAAACUAAUUGUAUUUCCCUGUUCCAGGUGGAAUCAAGAACAAUUUACCUUUUCCAUUUGGAAUCAAGAACAGUUCACCUUUUCCAGUUGGAAUCAAGAACAGUUUACCUUUUUCCAGUUGGAAUCAAGAAUAAUUUACCUUUUCCAGUUGGAAUCAAGAACAAUUAACCUUUUUCCAGUUGGAAUCAAGAACCAUUAUCCUUUUUUCCAGUUGGAAUCAAGAAUAAAAUACUUAUUUGUGUAAACUGAUAUAAUUUAGAGUAUAAUCCAAGAUUUUAAAGUUCAUUUGAAAUUUGAAUCCUCCCCAUAACAUGCCAAAUCAUGAUAUAAAUUAAAACUUAUGUCAAUUUUUGAUCUAUAACUAGAAAUGGAUGAAAGAAUUUUAUGACUUGCAUCAUUGGAAAAUGGUUGUAGUUAUUGUUGUCACCAUACUGGAUAAUGUAUUGUAUAUUUUACACUAGAUCUUGUCUCAUGAAAUAAGAAUUUUAAUUUGAAAUUGUUUUUUGGAUGAGUAUACAUAUGAGGCCAAAGAAAAGCUAUAUAUAAAAUUGAUUGGCAGGGUUUCUAAUCAAAUGUUAGGAUGUAUAAUGUGAUACUAAUCGUUAAAUAUUUUCCAAAUCAAAUGUUCAUGUUUGUUACUGCUUGUAAAUUAAACUGCAAAUCAAAUGUAUACUUAGUUUAAGGUUUUUUUUAAUCAAAUUUAAAUAUGAUGCUAAUUAUGUUUUCAAUCAAAUGUACAGAUAUUCUUGAAUAUUAUAUUGAAACUGUUCAUAAUUCAAAUACAAAAAAAGUUGUGUGUCCAGUUGUUCUGCCUGUAUCAUUUGAAUUACAUAUAUAUAAAGCAUAAUGUGUGUUUUGUUUGUAAUACAUUUGGUAUAUGUUGUUAAAACAUUGUAAAGUGGGUUAUAUAUGUUGUUUGUUUAUGUAUACUUAUUGCCAUGUUUCACUCAGGAUUGUCAACUGUCUGGGAAUUUGAUGGAAACUUAUGCAAAAUGUAAAAUAAUUCGGAAAUUAAUUUAUUCCAGACAAAAAAUGAGUAUUGAUUUAAACUUCUUGAAAACAUGUGAGACGAUAUCUCUGGAUGUUUUGCCAUUAGUAUAAAAAAAAAAUCUUUGUAUUUCUAUGUAUUUUUAUUGAUUGUGUGAUGAUUGAUUUGUAUUUAUACAAAGCUACGUAUAUCAUUGUUUUGUUGAUUUAAGUUGGUAAAUAAUUUAGAGUUAUGCAUUCUAUUAUGUAUCAAAAUUGUGAUACCAGUUAUGAAUAAAAAAAUUUGGUGUUUUAACUGUCUUCUGAUUGGUUAGAAUUAUUAGCUUUAUUUUCAAUGUUGCCAAUUUUUAUGGCAACAUGCCCACUUUGACGUUGUGUAUUCAUACGCCAACAUGUGUGUACAUUGUUACUGUUAAUAUAAAUAAUAUAAAAAGUUCUUUGAGCUUUAUUUUAGAUACAAAUUUAUUUAUAAUGAACGGCAAUAAUUUAUUUUGAAUUUAUUGAACCAUAAAAUUAAUUUUUGACUCAUCACAUUGGAAAUGUGAAGAGUCAAAAAAUUAGUUUUAUGGUUUAAUAAAUUCAAAAUAAAUAAUAGCCAUUCAUUAAAUAAGGAUUUGAAUUUAUGUAAAGAAUAAAUUUAAAGUGUGUAAUUAUUUUUUUUAUUGAAGAACGGUUUAAAAGAUAGCUUACAGUUUGUUUAAUCUGCAGAACACAAAACUGUAAGUGUAGAAAUGUAAUUAUUGUUGAACAUUAAACACUAAUGUGUGAUGAAUAUCUGAAUUAUUUUUUUAUUUUCCCAUUGUUAUAUUUGAUCUUUCCUUUCUUUUUUUGUAUAAAACUUGUACUUUAUGUUGAACUCAUUUUCAUUGUUUGUUUGUUAACAGUAAGGUUCCAUCUUUGGAUAACUAUUAAAAACUGAUCAACUGUAUUUUGUUCAUUGAUGUUUUGUAAAAUGUAAAAGUGCAAUUUACAAGGUUCACCUGACCUUAAUGACAUUCAUAGUUCAUAGAUGUACACUCUUUGUAUGAGGUCAUUUCUUAUUUCUAUAAAUAAAAGGUAUUUGUCAACUAUAUUUGUUAUACACAUGAAUAUGGUAGUGCACUUGUCUGUCUGGCAAAGUUCAAUUAAUGAUGACCUCAUUUUCAUGACUCCAUUGAUAUUUUUUUUAAUAAAAAAAUAAUGUUUUCUAUUUACUGUAAGACCAUCAUCUCAAAGAUUAACAUUAUAUUUAUCAAUAAUCAUUUAUGCUUUCAAUUCUUUUUAGUGUGUCCACUUUAGUUGAAGAAAAUUUGCCUUUGCCAUGGCCUGACAUUUUUUUAAUAUGAUUAUUUAAUACUUAUUUCAGCUCACAUUUACCAUAACAGUAAUCUUUCCUCAUCUCUUUAGCUCUGUAGUUUUUUUAAUAAUCAUGUGAAAGAAUCUCAAAAUCUGACACCAUUGAUUUGAACCAAUCUUCACUUUUAUGGAUCUGCUUAAAGUCAAAUAAUUGUGGCCUAGAAUAUAUACCAGAAUGUAUAAUAUGUUUGAUUUUCUUAUUACAUUUUUGAAAUUCAAAGUUUUUUCAGGAGAUUCAAAAAAAAUAUGAGUUCAUUUUAAAUGUAUAAUGAUUAGGUUAGAGAUAGGAUUUAAAAUCUAAUAGGUCUUUGUAUAAGAUAAUAAAAAAAUUAAUCUGUGAAGACAAUUGUUUUGUUGUAAUUGUUGUUAUAUAGUAGCUAUUUUUGUAGUAUUAAGUGACAUUCCAGAUAAUUAACUCUUACACAAUAUUUUGUCAUUCAGGGGUCCAGGUCACACCUAUUAUUUUAUCUUUUUCUCAUCCAAAACACAUAAACAAAAUUUCACUUAAUAUCCAUCUUUACCUUUCAAUGACCUUAGUUAGGAUUACGUCUUAGAUAUGAAUUUGCCUUUUAUAGAACCAAUACAUGAGUGUUGCUAUCAGAAGGUAGCAAUACUUAGAUUUAUCUGUGAAUAUACUGAAUUAAAAAGACCCUAUUGCAGCUGUAUUUUUUUUACUACAUUGUCACUUAAUUCAAUGUAAAUAUAGAUUUCAGCACUGCAACAAGUGUGAUACAAUAUUUCUCCAAUCAAGACCGUUAAAUUUUCAAAUUUGAUGUGUGAGGCUUGCAGUGCAUUUUAAAUAUUUAUAAAUUGACUCGAAAUUCAAAAAAGUAUUGUAUGGCACAAGAUUCAGUCAAGGAAUUUAUUUUUCUAAUGAUUUUAAUUUUUAGUCAAAAUGUAGGCAAAUGAUUAACAUGUACUUCAUUUUUACUGAUCUGCAAAAAAGAUGUGCUCUCUCAUCAGCAUGGUAUACUAAGAUAAAAACACAACAGGUUGACUAUGAAAAAUAUUGGCAACCAGUUGGGGAAAGUAUAUAUUAGCUAAGUGUUAAAAAUGUGUACCUACAUAUCAUGUUACAAAGUUGUCUGGAUGUGAAAUAUAUCAUCAUAAUAAAUUGUUUGCAGCAAUGUU